AGUUUAGUUACACUGCAUGGUUUGUGUGUGGCUGGGACAGACUUCUGAGGGCCAGUUAGCGGUUGAAGAGACGAGCACCGGCUUCUGGAUUCGGAAGUCUGCAGUCUAAUGGGAGAAUCGGAAAAAAAGGCCAGGAACCUAAAUACGAUCUAACCUCUGUUUCCGAGAGGGCAUCUUCCACCGGGAACCCCUCUGCCCUGGUAACGGCCAAAGAAGAGAUGGCGCCAGUCGGGGAGCGGCCGUGGCCGACACAGUAGGGAAGCGCGAAGGCGGAGCCACCGGAGGAGCCUCGGAGAAGAGCCAGAGCCGUCACUGCCGGCACCACCAUGGAAGGAACAAAGCCGACAUUGCAACUCGUGUACCAGGCAGUGCAAGCGCUCUACCACGACCCAGAUCCCAGCGGAAAGGAGCGCGCCUCGUUUUGGCUUGGGGAGCUGCAGCGUUCGGUUCAUGCAUGGGAGAUUUCAGACCAAUUGUUACAGAUUCGACAAGAUGUAGAAUCAUGCUAUUUUGCUGCGCAGACCAUGAAAAUGAAGAUUCAGACCUCAUUUUAUGAGCUCCCCACAGACUCUCAUGCCUCUUUACGGGACUCAUUACUAACCCAUAUCCAGAACUUGAAAGACUUGUCACCUGUCAUUGUAACACAGCUGGCUUUAGCAAUAGCAGACCUUGCCCUACAGAUGCCUUCCUGGAAGGGAUGUGUACAAACAUUGGUGGAAAAAUAUAGCAAUGAUGUAACUUCUCUGCCUUUUCUGCUGGAGAUCCUUACAGUGUUACCUGAAGAAGUACAUAGUCGUUCCUUACGAAUCGGAGCUAACCGGCGCACAGAAAUUAUAGAAGAUUUGGCCUUCUAUUCUAGUACAGUGGUAUCUCUGUUGAUGACCUGUGUAGAAAAAGCAGGAACAGAUGAGAAAAUGCUUAUGAAGGUCUUUCGCUGUUUGGGAAGUUGGUUUAACCUAGGCGUUUUGGACAGUAACUUCAUGGCUAACAAUAAGUUACUAGCACUCCUUUUUGAGGUUUUGCAACAAGAUAAGACCUCAUCCAACCUACACGAAGCUGCUUCAGACUGUGUGUGCUCAGCUCUCUAUGCCAUUGAGAAUGUGGAGACUAACUUGCCAUUAGCCAUGCAACUGUUUCAAGGAGUCCUGACAUUGGAGUCUGCAUAUCAUAUGGCUGUUGCACGUGAAGAUUUAGACAAAGUUCUGAAUUACUGUCGGAUUUUCACUGAACUAUGUGAAACUUUUCUUGAAAAAAUUGUUUGUACUCCAGGCCAAGGUCUUGGGGACCUGCGAACUCUAGAACUGCUUCUUAUCUGUGCAGGACAUCCUCAGUAUGAGGUAGUAGAAAUUUCCUUUAACUUUUGGUACCGACUAGGGGAGCAUUUGUACAAAACUAAUGAUGAAGUUAUUCAUGGCAUCUUCAAAGCUUACAUUCAGAGGCUGCUUCAUGCCUUGGCUCGUCACUGCCAGUUGGAACCAGAUCAUGAGGGGGUUCCUGAGGAGACGGAUGACUUUGGGGAGUUUCGAAUGAGAGUAUCAGACCUGGUGAAAGACUUGAUUUUUCUGAUUGGGUCUAUGGAGUGUUUUGCUCAGUUAUAUUCUACUCUGAAAGAAGGCAACCCACCCUGGGAGGUGACAGAAGCGGUUCUCUUUAUCAUGGCUGCUAUAGCAAAGAGUGUUGAUCCGGAGAACAAUCCAACGCUUGUGGAGGUCCUAGAAGGAGUUGUUCGUCUCCCAGAGACUGUACAUACAGCUGUGCGGUACACCAGCAUUGAGUUGGUUGGAGAGAUGAGCGAAGUGGUUGAUCGAAAUCCUCAAUUCCUUGACCCUGUUUUGGGCUAUUUGAUGAAAGGCCUGUGUGAAAAGCCCCUGGCUUCUGCUGCAGCCAAAGCCAUUCAUAACAUUUGUUCUGUCUGCCGAGACCACAUGGCUCAGCACUUUAAUGGACUCCUGGAGAUUGCCCGUUCCCUUGAUUCCUUCAUGUUGUCUCCAGAAGCUGCUGUGGGCUUGUUAAAAGGAACAGCACUUGUUCUAGCCAGAUUACCAUUGGAUAAGAUUACUGAAUGUCUUAGUGAGCUAUGUUCUGUUCAGGUUAUGGCAUUGAAAAAGCUGUUGUCUCAGGAGCCCAGCAAUGGCAUAUCCUCAGAUCCCACUGUGUUCUUAGAUCGUCUUGCGGUAAUAUUUAGACACACCAACCCCAUUGUGGAAAAUGGACAGACUCAUCCGUGCCAAAAAGUCAUACAGGAAAUAUGGCCAGUUUUAUCUGAGACUCUAAAUAAGCACCGGGCUGAUAAUCGGAUUGUAGAACGUUGUUGCAGAUGCCUCCGCUUCGCUGUUCGUUGUGUAGGCAAAGGGUCUGCAGCCCUGCUGCAGCCACUAGUCACACAGAUGGUGAAUGUGUACCAUGUACAUCAGCAUUCCUGUUUCCUGUACCUGGGCAGUAUCCUUGUGGAUGAGUAUGGCAUGGAAGAGGGCUGUCGGCAGGGACUACUAGACAUGCUCCAGGCACUAUGCAUCCCCACCUUUCAGCUCCUAGAACAGCAGAAUGGGCUCCAGAAUCACCCUGACACAGUGGAUGACCUGUUCAGGCUAGCCACCAGGUUUAUUCAGCGUAGCCCUGUUACGUUGCUGAGGAGUCAGGUGGUCAUCCCUAUCUUACAGUGGGCCAUUGCCUCUACUACCCUGGACCACCGGGAUGCCAACUGUAGUGUCAUGCGGUUCCUACGAGACCUCAUCCAUACAGGAGUAGCCAAUGAUCAUGAAGAUGACUUUGACUUACGGAAAGAACUGAUUGGACAGGUGAUGAACCAACUUGGACAGCAACUUGUAAGCCAGCUGCUCCACACAUGCUGCUUUUGUCUCCCCCCCUACACCCUACCAGAUGUGGCCGAAGUGCUCUGGGAGAUCAUGCAGGUUGACAGACCGACUUUUUGUCGAUGGUUAGAGAAUUCCUUGAAAGGUUUGCCAAAGGAAACAACUGUGGGAGCUGUCACAGUGACACACAAACAACUAACAGAUUUCCACAAACAAGUCACUAGGUCCUGUAAUUCCUGCCUCAACAUGCUGCUUUUGUUUGCCAUCCUAGCAGGGAGGGUGAACUGGUUCAGUUUCAUUUCAGCAAGUCCAAGCCUGUUUUUCAAAUGUGCUGAGGAAUGUAAACAAGUUUGCUGGGCCUUGAGAGACUUCACCAGGUUGUUUCGAUAGCUCCCACUCCUGCACUGUGCCUGUCACCCAGGAAUGUCUUUUUUAAUUAGAAGACGGGAAGAAAACAAAAACCAGACUGUGUCCCACAAUCAGAAACCUCCACUGUGGCAGAGGGGCCUUCACCGCCACCAGGGCGUCCCACCAGACAGGGAGAGACUCCAGCCUUCCGAGGCCGUCCUGAGGAGCUCCUGUUUGGGGAUGUGAGGGAAGAUCAGCACCGUGUUUAAAAAGAUGGCUGCAGCCUGUCCGGCGUGGUGGGAGGGGAGCUGGUUUCCUGGUGAACUUGUUUCUAAAAGGAAAAAUAAUUUUUAAGGAAAUAAAAAAGGAAAACAAAACUGAAACCAGAACUGAAACAUCCGCCUGGUAGCAAAUGACACGCACGCAUACAUCGCGUACCUACACACAUGCUAACGCGUGUGCACACACAGAAAAAUAAAAGUGCAGACUUUCUGUGAAACAAUAAACGGUUACUUAGGGAAAAUGGGAAUUCAAGUGAAUUAAAUAGCUGCAAUGGGAAGAAAAGGUUCCGGAUCAUCUCUUCAGGAUUUUUUUACUGUUUUGUUCUCUCUUUCUCUCUCCCAUCCCCCCUUCUUUCUCAUUUCCCCUUCUCUUUUAACAGAGUGAGUAGAAGUUUUUCCCAUCCUCCCUAACCGUUGUUUACCACCUUUAGAGUUGUUUGGACAGGGAGCAGUAAGCAAGGAGCCUUUUGUUUUAUAUCAUGGUCACAUCGGUGAUACUAGGACUUGCCAGGGCCAAAUUCAUGUAUAGCUCAACUCUGUGCUGUUCAGUCUCUGAUCCACUCCGACCCACACUGGCUCCUCGUUGGCCCUGAGGAAGAGCCAACAUCAAGAUGAGGGGGAUAUAAAUGUAUGUUCUAAGUUCUAAGAUUUUUUUUUAGUUAAUGUUUCACCCACAGACAUGAGAGAACAAAAGAGGGUGGGAAUAUGAAAAAAAAAAGUGUUUACAAGGCUAAACUGUAUUUUACUAAAAAAUGUGGAAAUUAUUUGACUUCAUGGGGAAGAGGCGGGAGCGGAAGCCCAGAGCAGAUCUUAAUGUUUGGAAGGAGUUGCGGCCUUGCACAGGCAUUACAUCCGAGGGCACUGUUCUGUCUGGUGUUGUAGCCAUCUCAAGAACAAAU